CGCAUAUCCAUCGGCAUUCUCUGUUUGAUGCUCCUGCUGUGGCCGCUCUCGAGAAUCCUCUCAUCCCCACGUAAUGCAAAGUCCCCCAAAGCUGUGGACGGCGAUGAUGCCUUGACAGCCCGCCUCGCGCUGGAGCGGACCGCUCUGCAAAUGUCCACCAGUCGCCUCAACUGGGAACUCAAGUUCGACACUGUCAACCCCCCUGCCAACUCGUUUUGGAGGCGCCGACGCAGCGACAGUAGCUCCAGCCAUCCCCCGUUUGGCCACUCUCUUGCUUGCAUCAAGUUGCACGUCGAGGUCGCUCUACACGAACGCGCGAUCACAGUGCUAUCGACUGUCCCAGCUACAGUUCCAUGGCACCACCACCUUCGACGAGAUGUUCUUUAUCGCACCCUGGCGAUCCAGGCCAAGUGGCUCGCUGCAAUCUUGGCUCACGCCAAGUCCGAACUUGGGUCGUCUGCGGCCUUUCGCCGCCGAUCUGCCGACGAUUACGUGACGUCGCCGCCCCAACUCAUUCGCGCGUGGUCGUUCCACGACGACAUGGUGCCCACGUUCUGUUCGCAUCGUGAGACAGUGUCCAGAUGGCACACCGUCCUCCAACUCUCCCCCCAACAAGUGCUCCCCCCCACCGACCAAAUGCCGUCGAGCCAUUACUUGUCGUUCGAACUGUUCUUGCUGGAAACGUGCUUUGACAAAUCCGACAUCGGUCAACGCCUUCGGCACAUCGCGGCCACCGCGUACGCGUCCCCCCAGCCACCCUCGAUGCCCCCCUUGCACCCCCUCGUGGAUCAAAUCGCCAAUCACUUGAUCCACGAACACGGGCUCGUUCCCUCCUGUCGACGCCCCACCCUCAACGCCCUCGUGCGCCAGAUGGUGCACAUCCGACUAGCCUCCGCGUACUAUCGUAUCUACGCCCCGACGUUGGCGUCCGCCGCCCGGCGGUACGACUUGCUCAAGCCCCGGAUGCACCAGCUUGCGGUCCAGGACCUCGCUGAAGUGCACGUGCAGCAGGAACUUGCGUUGCCUCAAACCCGGGCGGCGUUGGAAGCUAUGCCGACGUUCAUUCCGGACACUAUCACGGGUUCGUACAUGUCGGCAAUUGGCACGCUCCACGCCGAAGUAGGAGCGGCACUUCAAGUACCACCGUCGUCACUGUCGGCGGACGUGAUCUUGCCGUGUUUGGUCUUGCUAUUUGGCCAAGCUAACCUGCCGCACCUCGCGCUGCAAGUGCACGUGAUGGAAAUGUACUUGAUGACGCAUGGCGAAGGCGAAGUCGCGUACUACGUCGCGCUCGCCCAAGCCGCCCUCGGGGCCACGUAACCAUAGAUUCCAAAUGCACAACAAGAGGUUAAAUUAUAAUACUACGCUGCUUUGACGGAAUAGCAUCAGCAGCUUACGACCGGCACUCGUCCGAGAUCCACGCAAAGAUGUUUUGUCGCGCCGAGUCCAAGUCUUGACACAGCGUCGCAUGCAUUAUGAUAUGAUGUUCAAGAACGGCAAC